AUGAAUACGUUGGACAACAAUACAAUACUUCUUUUUGAUGUCGACGGCACGCUAACCAUACCGCGUCAGAAGAUUGACCAAACGAUGAAAGAUUUCAUGAUGGAAGUGCGCGAGAAAGUAUCAACUGCUGUAGUCAGCGGUUCAGAUAUGGCUAAAUUGAUUGAGCAAUUAGGAGAUAACUUAAAGGAUGUUCUGAGUUGUUUCGAUUAUGUAUUUAGUGAAAAUGGACUCGUGAGUUUCAAAGGAGCAACUCCAUGCUGUCCACAGUCGAUAAAGCAAUGUAUUGGUGAAGAGCGAUUGAAAAAACUUAUUAAUUUCACCUUGCGAGAAUUUUCAGAAAUUGAUCUCCCAGUUAAACGUGGAAAUUUCAUUGAAUUCCGAAAUGGAAUGCUAAAUCUCUCACCUAUUGGUCGUAACUGUACUCAAGAAGAACGAUUACAAUUCGUAGAUUAUGAUAUGAAACAUGGGAUUCGGCAAGAGUUUGUCGAAAAACUGAGAAAUUUUACAAAAGGAUGGAAUCUCAGUGUUUGCAUUGGCGGUCAAAUCAGUAUUGAUGUAUUCCCAUGUGGAUGGGAUAAAACCUUCUGUUUGAGGUUUUUGACCGAUUUUCAAUCAAUUCAUUUUUUUGGCGAUAAAACCUCGCCGGGAGGCAAUGAUUACGACUUAUUUAUUAACCCAAAAAUUAAAGGACAUACUGUUUUGAAUCCGAAAGAUACGAUGGAGCAAGUCCGUAAAUUACUGAAAACCCUAUAA